CUCAUCAACAAAUGUCCGGUGAAGCUCUGAGCUCCUGGCAGCUAAACUUCUGAAGAUGAAUGCUCUGGUAGCUCUGUGUCACUUCUGUGAGCUCCAUGGACCUCGGACACUAUUCUGCACCGAGGCACUCCACCCUCCAUCCCCAGACCCCUCCUCUCAGGUCGGUACCCCAGUGCCUGGGGAUAGAGAUGGUGACCGGGAAGGUGAAGGCCUGACCAUGAGGGCCAACAGUUCAGCAACUCAAAGAGGAGAGAUGUGUGAGGGAUGCCGAUCUCUCCCUGCAUCUCACCCAGGCUUUGUGAGCAUCGAUAAUGAAACGGGCAUUCGCUUCUUGAGCCAUCAGCACCCCAGGCAGUCGCAGCUUUUCAGCGUGGUCCGGCAGGCAUGUGUGCGCAGUCUUAGCUGCGAGGUAUGUCCUGGACGCGAAGGGCCAAUUUUCUUUGGGGAUGAGCAACAUGGGUUUGUGUUCUCACACACCUUUUUCAUCAAAGACAGCCUGGCCAGGGGGUUUCAGCGUUGGUACAGCAUCGUUGUGGUAGCCAUGGACAGGAUCUACCUCAUUAACUCCUGGCCUUUCCUGUUACGACACCUCAAGCUCACCAUACAAAGUCUGCAAAACACGGCACUAAAAGUGUUUGACAGUGAACAGGGAGUCUGUCCCCAGCGAGCUCUGAGGAUGAACAGCGUGUUUUCACCAGCGGUUUUUCCACAUCAGAGGAGUGGCAACGCAGCCCGAUCACUAACUUCUCUCACCCAGCAUCCCAAUCUCUGGGCGAGCCUGCACUGCUCCUUCAGCUGGUUGCUGAAGGCUUGUGGCAGUCGGCUGACAGAGAAGCUCCUCGAAGGAGCGCCUACAGAGGACACUCUGGUGCUUAUCGAGAGACAAACAGAAGAGGAAGAAGAAAUGAGCUGCUGGGAAGGAGCAGAGGGAGGUGGAUCAAAGUCACAGCUGCACCAAUCAGAGAGCAACAUGGGCCUCGACUUCCUGUGUGAUGCUUCGAAAGUAGACGAAUCGCCUGGUCCAAAGUUCAGGUCACUGAGGCAUUUUAGACAGGUCCUCGGGGCAAACGACUUCCGACAGCUAGCGUGGCACGUGCUCAUGGGAAAUCAGGUCAUAUGGAGGAGCGCAGACCCGGGGCUCAUUCAGUCAGCUUUUACAGUGCUCAAGUCUUUGCUGCCAGUCGGCUGCGUGCGCUCGGUGCCGUACAGCGCUCAGUACGAAGAGGCCUACAAGUGCAACUUUCUGGGUCUCAGUCCGGAUGUGCCCAUCCCAGCCCACGUCAGCUCCUCAGAGUUUUCGGUGCUGGUGGACGUCUCCAUCAGAAGCGGUCCGGUCUCGGCUGCACGUGAAGAUGAAAUCAGCGCUCUUUAUCAGUUCACCAUCAGCAGUGUGAACACACAGCCCACAGACAGAGGUCCAACGUUGCUGAACAAGCUGGAGGUGGCCCUGUCUAACGAGAACCUGUCUGUGGACGUCGUGUCCCACUGCCUGCUGUGUUUGAAGGAGGAAUGGAUGAACAAAGUCAAAGUGCUGUUCAAGUUUUCCAAAGUGGACGGUCGUGGGAGGGAGGACACCCAGAAGGUUCUGGCCCUCCUCGGUGCCACAGGGCCUGGCGAGGAGGACAACGUGCGGCUGCUGAAGUACUGGAUGACCGGACUGAGUAAAACCUACAAGAGUCAUUUAAUGACAGCUGUGCGAGGAGGGGAGAGGAGCCCCAGUCAGUGAAAAAGAGGAGGAGGAGCAGCAGAUGAAGGGUAAAAAGGGAAUUGAUGGAAAUGCUAAACGAAGCAGGAAUGAGUCUUUUCACGGGGUGUUCUGUUAACUGGAAAGAAGGAGCACUGUGAAUGGAUGACCGGAAUGAUUCAACUCAUCCAUUAUUGUCUUUUUAAGUAAUGAGAAAUCUAUUGUUCUGAACUCAGAUUAUCAUCCUGCUCAGAUUAACACAAUGAGUAAUUGCGGUUAAUGCACAGAGGGGCUUUAUUGUCAAAGGGAACCUCGCAUGUAAAGUUUAACUUAUUACCAGAAGCCUUUGCACUUUUGUUUACUAAUGUCGUUGAAUAAAAUUAAA